AUUUUCCAAAAUGGCGGCGAAGUUUGCCCGUUUUCAUGAGAAGCGUUCUUAUGAAACGUCUGCAGAUCAGGAUAUGUUUGAUCGCGAGGAUGACGAGGAGUUAUUGGAGGUCGAGAAAGCAACUUUGGACGUUCCCAUUUCAGAGGACAAUGUUGGUUAUCAACUUAUUCUCAAGAUGGGAUGGAAGUCUGGAUCUGGAUUAGGAAGAAAGUUGCAAGGAAGAACAGACCCAAUACCAAUUGUAUUGAAGGAGGACUUUACAGGCAUUGGAAAAAUGAAAGAAGAGAUGGCUCAUGCUGAAGAGAGUACUAGCAAAAGGAAAACCUUAGAGAUUGAAAAGGAAGAAACAGAGGAAUUAAAGCAGAAAUAUCUGGUAGGGAUGAACCUUCAGGAUCUCAAAGACAUGUUUUAUUGUGAACUGUGUGACAAGCAAUAUUUCAAGUACAAGGAAUAUGACAAUCACAUCAACUCAUACAGUCAUGCACACAAACAAAGAUUAAAAGAUCUCAAGCAAAGAGAAACCACAAGAAAUAUCUAUGCUAAAAAAAGAAAAGAGCAAAAACAAAUGGAAAAGGAAACACAGAGGCUUCAUUCAAUAGCACAGCAAAAUUCUGGAAGAAGUGGAGAACUUCAAGGUAGCUUCAAGUUAGUAUCAGACACYUUUAYRAGCAGCGAAGGUMCAUCCAAAGGUGGAUUCAAACCAAUUUCUACUURUGGAGGAUUUACUGCUGUACCACCYCCACCACCWCCUGAUGACAAUACACCACCACCUCCUCCUCCUCCUGAUCACCCACCUCCUCCUACAGAACCACCGCCACCRCUWCCACCAACSGYCACAGAUUGUAAAGAAACAAAACCUUUUACUAUGAAAUUUGGUGGUUUAUCUUCACCAGCUAAACCAAGUAGCACACAAAACAAUGAUAAGUCAAAAGGAAUGUCAUUUGGGCUGAGCAAAAAGACAGUUCCAAGUAUGUCAUUUGGAUUAAAUAAAAAAUCAUCUAAAUUUGGACAAUUGAAACCAUCUUUAGCUAAACCAACAGCAUCUGUGUUUAAUGAGUCUGAUAGUGAAGAAGAAGAAUCCAAGGAAGAACAGAUGUGUAAUGUUAGUCUAACGCAAGAAGAUGAAGUGCUUCCGUCUAAAGAACAACAGAAGGAGCUGCUUGGAAAAGUCAUAGAAUAUGCAGAGACUCUCCGUAUUAAUGAAAAACUUAAUCCAAAAAUGUUGAUUCGGUUUGUGAAAGGUUCUGAAAGUGGUAUUUUACCAGGAACAAUACCUGAAACCAAAGAUACCAAAACAAAUACUAACAAAAAGGAAAGACAUGAUAGAAGAGACUAUAGAAAGCACAGGAAGUAGCUAAACAAAUAUGAAUUGAAAGUGUAAAUAGAGUGUGGUAUAACCUCCAAAAAAGCAACUCGAUUAUCCUAUUUUGGGCUUCCUUGUAACGGUCAUGAAUGUUAGGGACUAGUGAGGAGAAACGAACAAUAAGAAGGGGAGGGGAAUUUACAUCAAUUAACUCCCCUCUCUUGCUCCCAUUCUCUCUAUUCUCAGCAAAAAGACAGGAAACCCAUGACAGUGAUGCUUUUGAAGAAGGCCAGUUAUCACCGCAAAGAAUCUGAUCAUAUACAAAGCUGCCAACUAAC